AUGAAUAUCCAACCAAAGGUCCAACUGUUCCUAUGGCGUUGUGGACACGAAGCGAUCACGAUUGCUGCAGGACUAUCUAAGAGGGGAGUUGGUUUGAAUCCUCGUUGUUCCCUCUGUCAUACUCAGAUCGAGGACCCUAUUCAUGCGCUAUUUCGUUGUGAUCUUGCCUCUGCUUGUUGGUUGACCUCUCCUCUGCGCCUGAAUAUUUGGAAAGCCAGAAUCCGUGCUGUGUUUGAACGCAAGCACGCAUCCUUAAGUUCAACAUUUGCUGCUUACACUCUUAUGAUCGUUGAGGCUUCAGAUUCGUUCAAAAAGAGUGGUAGGCCUCCUGCCGAGAUUCCUAUCCCACUAAGCACACUCACCCCCUCUCUGGACUCCUUUUAUGCAAUCUUCACUGACGGCUCUUGGAAAUCCACUGAUUCCAGUUGCGGUAGGGGUUGUAUCGUUUGGGACCCUCAUGGCCUCUUUGUGGCAGCUAAGUGUAAACACUGCUCCGCAGUGUCGGCAUAUGCAUCUAAAAUGGAGGCCAUUCGUGACGGUAUGCAGCUUGCUCUCAGCCUUGGCCUGUCUCAGAUCACUAUUCAAUCUGAUUGCUCCCCGGCCAUCUCCUUCCAAAAUGGUUUGGUGCCAUCCCUUGACUGGGCUAGCACCGCUAUUGCCCAAGAUGUGAUCACUCUCUUCGCCAGUUUUGACGCCAUCAGGUUUUCCCACAUCCAGCGUGCAAACAGUGCAACCUCGGAUUUCCUUGCCUGCGGAGCUCGAAUGCUCAGGCUUUCUUUUGUUUGGUGGUUUCGGCCACCCCCUUUCCUUGUAAACAGCUCCCUUAUUUCUGGACGGUGUUUCAACCGUUCUUUCUUUCUUUCAACAAAAAGCAUUCUCGUUUUAUGA